ACAUGGCUGAAUGAAAGGACGCUAGAUUGCCCGAAGGGAGGAGAAAAUCAUCAUUUUUCAUGAGAUUCAUUAAUUUUUGCCGUCAUAUUUUGAGUCCAGUGAUGUCUAGAACCAGAAAUCUUGAAAUUAAUUCGUGAACAUUUGCAUGAGAUCACGAUGUAUAUGUACGAUCAGCCCGAUGAAGUUCCAACACUGUUGGACAUGGACUCUCAGAAUCUGUGUACGCCAUCAAAUAGUAUGUCGAGUCUUACCAUGCCUGUGGUGAAGUCAGAACCUUUAGACAUGCCAGCUAUGAUGCCUCCACAAGCCAUCAAGCGAGAGCCUCACGACAUGAUGGGAAUGAGCCAGCUGGAGUAUAUCAAGACGGAACCCCAGCACAUGAUGGACUACAACCACAUGGGCGUCAUGAACAUGAACUCACACAUGUACCCCAUGACAAACUACCCACACCCCAUGAUGCACAGCUUACCCCCCCUGCCUCCACAGCCGCACCAAAUCCAACAGCAACAACAGCAACAACAGCAGCAGCAUCAGCAUAACACGGCGCUGACGCAACCGGAACGUAAACCGGGGAAGAAAUCGAAGAUUAAACAGGAGAAGAUAACAGACAACUUUAAGGAGAAGAAGCCUAGGAGGAAAGUGGAUCGUUUCCAUGGUACCCCAGAGGAGGAGGUUGCUAAGAGAACACUCCCAGAUAUCCUCAUGCCCAAUCUUGAUAUCGUCAUCAUUGGUAUCAACCCUGGACUGAUGGCAGCAUACAAGGGCCACCAUUACGCAGGACCAGGGAACCAUUUCUGGAAAUGUCUGUACCUGUCAGGUCUGGUGGAUGAACCCAUGACCUGCAUGGAUGACCAUCGUCUCUUACAGUUCAAUAUUGGAUUCACUAAUAUUGUAUCUAGGACAACCCGAGGAAGCUCUGAUCUCACACGGAAAGAAAUCAAAGAUGGAGCAAGGAUUUUGACUGACAAGAUGAGGAAAUACAGACCUCUGAUCGCUUGCUUCAAUGGCAAAGGCAUCUAUGAAAUCUUCAGCGGCAAGAAAGACUUUGAGAUUGGUCGGCAACCAGAGACCAUGCCUGACACAGACACGGUGAUUUAUGUCAUGCCAUCAUCAAGUGCCAGAUGCUCCCAGUUUCCUCGUGCUACGGACAAAGUCAAUUUCUAUACGACUCUCAAGGAACUCCGAGACGAACUCAAACAGAUGAAAAGAAAGACGGCUCCCCCACUUCCUGCUCUGCCUCCUCCCCCACAAUCAACAACUCAGCAGCCCCAAGAUCAACAGCAGCAACAGCAGCAGCAGCAACAACAACAACCAACGCAACUACAGCAGCCAGCCCAGCAGCCGUCGGCACAACAGCAGCAGAAGGAACAACAGCAGCAGCAGCAGCAGCCAGCAGUGAAGGUCAAGCAGGAAGGUGGUCAGCCAGCAAACUGUCCAGGUCAACAGCAGGGUCAGACGACGCCUGUCCGGGUCAAGAUGGAGAAUCAAAAUGACUGUGUGACAAGCUGUACUAGCAGUGGUAGUACAGCUUACCAUGGUACAGUCCAGGGCCCUGUACCCCACCAGUCUCUACCGGCUCUGCCUCCCCACGCUGGCCCCAUGCUGAUUAAGCAAGAGCCUGGUAGCUUCUAUCCCAACACGUGUGGUGGGCAGUACCCUCAACCCCCACCUCCGUUGCCUUCUGGCCGUCAGGAGCCUGGCAUGGGUUACCCCGUUAUUAAGCAGGAGAUGCCAGACCCCCAGAUGAGGCAUUACGGAGCCGGCGGCCUGCCUGCGACCACAGCCCACAAUCAGUUCCAACCGGGCUACUUCAUGGACCAGAUUCCCACCAUUGGAAUGGGGGAAAAUGGUGCGAUGCCCAUGAGAAACCACCUGCCACCUCAGCAGCAACAGCAACAGCAGGCUCAGCAGCAACAGAUGGUUAACAACCACGCAACCGGUAAUGGACCUAUGGCAAUGCCACCUGCCCCCAUUGACCCAGCUAUGCCAAAUUAUGGUCACUCAUACCCUGACCCUAGGGGUGCUUCGCCGCACCCUUACCCCCAGCAGAUGUACCCUCAGCAGCACCUGCAACAGCAGCAACAGCAGCAGCAUCCACCACCCCAAUAUCCACAGCAGAUGUCUCAACAACCUGAGCCAAACCAGAAGCAGCAGCACUCUGGGCCCAGCACUACCUGAUAACCCAGUCGGCGUACAGCACAACCCUCGUUUACUUACCUCCAUCCAGCUCCUAUCCGGUGCUUGCAUACCUUGCAGAGGGCGCUAUUUUCAGCUCCUCUGCUGUGCAUUUGUCUACAGCUAUCUCUGCUUUGCAAGCACCCAGUGACGGGCUGAAGGUUGUUGUUUGAUGGGUCGUGUCUGUACUGGAAUACCCCCUCCCAUAUUGCUGCCAAUGGAUUAGUUCUCUGUACCAAAAGGAAGUCCAACUCCCCAAAGCAUUUUUAUGUGUGUUUUCUAACAGUCAGGGUCAGUCAAGUUGAUGGCUUGUAUUUUUUUGGAAAUUCAGCCACAGCCAACGUUUCCUCAGAGUAUCAAGAUUGAAUUCUGUGGAGUGCAGGGUUUGUGGGAAUAUCACAUUGAGAUGUGCCAAUGUAUUCUGUAAUUUAGCUUUUAAGAAUUGCAUUUUCUUUUUAAAGGGAAAAGUUAGUGAAUGAUUUGAAGAAAUCUUUGGACAAGUUUAACUGAGAAAAGUCUGACUUCUUACGGAGUAUUUCAGAUGCAAUAUCAAUCCCUGUGAAUAUUUUCUACUGUGUCCUCAUUUUUAAGAUAUUUGAAAAGGAACAAUAAAUUCCACUUGUUUUUAAUAGCAAUUCAAAACUCCAUGAAAUACAAAGUAUCAGUUUUGCCAUCCCCCCAUUGGAAUUCCUUGUGAGCUGUGGGUAGACCAUGUCUUCGUCAACCAAUUCAAUUCAUAUCUUCCAUUCCUGUGUGCCAUCAUGUACAGUAUCUAUGCUGCACUCAUUCAAGUACUUAUUACUCGUUCAAAAGGAAGACGCAUCACUCCUUUCUAGGGUUAUUACCAUUCUACUGGCAGUGUUUCUCAGUGUAUCCGAGGAUGAGUCAGAGUCCUCCAUGAGCAAUCAUUGUUCUUUUUUUUUCAUUGAAUGUUGCUUAUUAAGGUUUAUUUUUAUCCUGAUUUUGAAAUAUUGAUACAACAUCCCCAGCCAAAGGUAUCUACUUUUGUUGUUACUUUUCUAUUUCUGUAUUACCAACAGUCUUAAGCAUGUCAAUGACAUGCACGUAUUAUGCACAUACCUUCUGACGUGCACCGGCUAUUUUGCCAAAAUCACUCACAUUAUGGUCCAGCCCCUUACUGAUUGAAUGAUACUUCCAAAUUUGUAAAUUAUUGUUUUAAAUUUUGACACAGUUGAAUGUGUAUAAUGAAAUUUAGGACAAGCAUUCCAUGAGUAUUAACACCUAAUUGUAAACCCAAUUGCAGUGAGUUGAAGCAAUAUCAUGUGAACAGAUGUAUAUAGUUUUUUUGAAUUGUAAUGUAAUCGUAUGAGGUUUCUUCCAAUACUAACGCAAGUGAAACAGCUUUUGUUACGUCAAUCUGCGUGUGAUAGUCCUAAACCCUCAACACACACACAAAUCAACAGAGUGAAAGUUGAUUAUUUUUAUUACUGGUGAAAGUUGUAAAUUUAAAUUUUUAUUUCUUUGUCUCUACUUUCUUCUUUUCCUCAAAGAAGAGUAAUAUUUACGUGAAUUAUUUCAAUCUACCUGGAAAUUGCUCUUUCAUUUUGACAUCUCCAUAGACCAAGCCCAGCCUGCCAUGUUGCACAAGUUUGAAUCUUAUGAACCAAAUUUCAAUGUAAUGACUGUCAUUGUGUUAUCUUACUUAAGGUAGCAUGUAUCAAAAUGACGAGAGUGAAUGCCACUGUGCUUAAAGAUGUUUUGUUUGAACCCACCUCUUUCUGUGUUGUCCCACCCCCAGUUAUUUCCCCUCCUGCUUUGGCUGAAGUGUUGGCAUCAGUAUAUGUACAGUUAACUUAUUUGCUCCGCAGUCUCUGCUUUUUUUGUCAAUCUGUGAAAUGUUUGUGCACCAAAAAAAAAAGGAAAAAAGAGAAGAAAACGGGAAAAUAACAUGGAGAAACCAGCAACUGAUGACUUGCACGGAUUGAUCCCUUCGAGCAAUUUAAAUGCGAAGCUAAGAUUUAGUGUGCAUGUAUGAUUGGUUUAUGUGUAAGUCAAAUGUCUUGUGCAUCAGUAUUUAAUGUCAUUUUUACAAGUCGUAGCAUAUCUACUCGGUUGCUUACUUUUUGUCAACAUUCUUUGUAGCGCUACCUCAGAGUAUUUAUUCUGUGUGAAAAACAUGCUUAGCAAAACUGUUUAAACAAGCAAAAAGAUGUUUAACAGCCUUGGAAGUAAGUUGAUUUUGUGCCUAGUGAAUGGACAGGUUAGUUAAAUAGUGUUUUCCCGAUUUGAAUUUGUCAAAACAUGCAGUAAGUUCAUUUUAGAUAUUGUGGCCCCUUCCCAACUUUCAUGAUCUUUAUAGGAACCAUAUAUCAGCAAUAUCUUGCCUUGGAAGUUUCCUUUAUUUUGGAAAUAUUUCCUUAUUAUGACUGUUACAACAUCCCACAUCAAGUCCAAUCAGUUACUACUGAUUGUAUAGGAAAUGAACUAGGAUUUCCAAAUACCAAAAUGAAUGAUCAUUUCCAUAAGCAUUUGUAAUGAUGGUAAUUCUGUUGUUAAAUAAGUUGAAAUUUUGGACAUCAUGAGCCAUUUGAAUUCAAAGGGCUUUCUCAGAAGAAUCAUGUGAACACCUGCAAUGAUUUGCCUUGAGUUUGCCCUCGCUGGGACAAGUCCCUGAAAUGAUAUUAAAUCUUGAACCUCAGCAAACAAGUGGCAGUCCAAUUGGGGACUGGAAACGGGCCAAGUUGGCCGAACUCAGGCAGAUGAAUGGGAUUAGGGACAAGAACAGUAUGUUGUCAGAGGUUGCUGGUUCAACCUUUCAUAGUGCUAAUGAUAGCAGAAUACCAGUGGAGGCACACCUUGUGACAAGUAUUACCUAUUCCACCACAGUAAACUCAUGAGCUAUAAAUGGACGAUUUCAAGAAAAUCGGUGUUACUUAAGAAUAGCUGGAUAAGGCAUUUGCAGAUAUGAAAUCUAUGCAAGUGUGAGCAUGUUGCUUGCCUGCCCAAAAUAGCAUCCAGCUUGCAUCGCUGAACUCUCCCUCUCUCUUUUCCUGAAAUAACUUCAGGGGAAUUUGCCGGCAAACCACUCCAUCUGAACUGCUCUUAACACAACCAAAUUCCAACCCACUGACUUCAUGGCUUAGCAUAUUGUAUAGAGACAUGAAUUUGGCUAAAUUGUAUAAGAAUUUACCUCAGUGAAUGUGUGUUUGGAUACCAUUUGAUAAAAAUUGCUCUUCAUUAAUCCCCUUUUCCAGCGGGUGGAGAAAAAACCGCCAAAACACCAGCUACUCAUUGAAAUUCUAAAACUCUUAAAAGUGAUUAUUUAAAUAUAUUUGAAUGGAGUGUAAUUUGUUUUAAGCUUCAAAGAAGGAAGACUUAAAGCUACUUAAUUUUUUAAAACUGUGGUCAGGUGUUGUGAGGGUUUUAAGUGAUGCCAGAUCAACACAAGGUGUAUUUAAAAGCUAGAUUCCUCACUGCCAGAUGCUAACAAGUGCUGCAUUUUUUAAUUAUAAGGCAACUUCUUCAAGUCUUGUUUCAAGUCCUUGGAUGCUGUAAGUUGCCUUUUUUAGUGAGGGAAGAAAUUACUUAUCACUUAGCUCUAGAAGAUGAUCAUUGCUUUCUGUAAUCCAAAUGCAAUAGAGUGGUCCAUAAGUCUGCAGUUGCAAAAGUUAUUCAAUCUUAAAAUGUUCCUUUUUCAACAUUGAUGGUGUAAUUAUUUUGAAACUCAAUUUACAGAAAAUUGAGGUUACUUACCUUUUAGAAAUGACAUCUGGUUGAAAAGAAAAGGCAAUAUAUGCAGCUACAGCUUAACGUCUGAGCAUUCUUUCAAUGUACCAAUUGCCUAGUAAACCAAAAAGAAUAAUUUAGAAUCUAACAAUGAACUACAUGUACAUGUAUUUUGCUUGCCCCAGUGGAUUUUUAAAUAAGGAUAUCGGCAUUGAAAUGUUUUAACCUUUGCUUUGACCUGUUAAUCAUUUCAUUAGUUGUCAGUAUUCAAAUACAAAGCAUGUUAAGUGCAAUAAAUAGCAGUCUCAAUCUUUCAACUUUUUUUUUUAAUUUUUAGAAAGCAGAGCAAAGACAGUUGCUUUAAAGAGUAUUGUUUUAUUGAGAUCUGUACUUGAGAUUCUGUUUUCAUUUAUUUUAAUUUUUUUUUAUGUUCAGAGUUUUUAUAGUACAAUUUGUGUUUCCGAGCAUCAUUGUUUGUACAUAUCAGAGUUGAUCUGUACAUGUGUGUGCAUGUGGGACAAUGCCUAUUGGAAAGAAACAAGGAUUUAGAAUUAGUGACUAUCUCUUCCCUGGUAAACAAAAGUUGUGGUCUCAAAAUUCAUGAAAAAAAAAUCAACUCUUUUUUUUUUCGUUGAGGAGCAAUAAACACAUGCAAGAGUUUAGAUUUAGACUUGGACGGAUUUUAGGUAAAUGCACCGACUCAUGUAUCAUGUCAGUUGAUUUGUAAAAAAAGUAAGAUAACAUGCUGUCGAUGAUUUCAGACAGCGGGUAAUAUACCAACUACCUUGACUGAAUUUUGUAAACAAUAUUUGAUGAGAUAUUGUAAUUUAAGAUACAGGCUUAAACUGUUGAGAAACUGUAAUAUUGUCAACCUUGGGAGGCUUGCUUCCAAGUUGGAAAGAAACAAAACAAAAAAACAGAUCAAGAAACAGGUGUUGAGACCACGAUUGAAGAGAGAGGAGACUAAGCCUGGUGUUCAUACUCAUUAAAAAAAGUUGUAACUAUAAAUAUUGUAUGUGUAUGUGCUUUGUGCGCCGUCUUGUACUAGAUACAUAGCAAAGCCAGUAAUUGUGUGUAUGUUUUUGGACUUGGCUUAGAUGGAAAAAAUGUGAUGUCCUAGCUGAGUUGACGUAGAAAGUGUUGAACAUUUUUAGAAGUAUUAUUAUUUCACUUUGUGGUUUGAAAAGCUGUUUUUAGAGAAUAAAAAUGAGUCUGGGUGUGCAUAGAUGAUUAACAUAAGAGAUUGAACGUGAUGUAGAAGACAUAGUGACAAAUUUGACACAUAAUCAUUCAGAUUAAUUACAUAAAGAUACACAACAUUGUUCAGUUAAGUUGUUCUUUAAAAUACCCCUAACUUGGUGGGGAAGGUCACAACUUUCACUGGACAUGGUUGAUGUGUCCUUUAGGUCUUAAGUAGACUUCAUUUCAGGACUGUUUUUGUAACACACCACAAAAGUGUGUGACUUUUGGGGAACAUCUUUGUAUGAUCGAGUGAUCUUGGGAAAAAAUGCUCUUGCUGACCCAAUGAAUAUUCAUGUAAUGCCAUUCCCAGGGAUGUAUUUUUGGAAGUAGGCAGUAGGUGUUACAUCAACAACUUUCCAGAUCUUGUGUGUAAAUCUGUCCAGGAUAGCUACAAACAUUACAGUAGCAUCUUUUAUUCUUUAGUUUGUAGUGUAUUUAAAGGAAAAGUUGUGCCAUAUUUGUUUGGGGCUUCCCCGAGUAGCCUGGUUGAAUUUGUUCAGAGCAGAUCUAACCAAGUACGGAGAAGUUCAUUGUCAUCCCUCAUGGUGAAUUUCACUGCCGUUUACAUUUGUAUAAAAGCUUCUAUUAACAACAUUGUGGGACAACAAAUCAAAACACAGAGUAAGCCGGUGAUUUGUGGAUACUUGCUCUUUGUAACUUUUUUGAUUCUUUGCCUAUGUACCAUGCUGCUAAUCUAUGUUAAUUUGAUCCAAUGGAAUUCAAUUAGGGAAGGUUGAACUGCAGGUUCAUUUUAAAAAGGGCUUUUGGCAACUUUUACCAGAGAUAGUGAACUGACACUUGAUCCUAGCGUACUGGUAUUUUAUUUUCUUGGAGAGCUGGGCUUGUCCUCAAGUUGAGCUGUAACUAGUUGCAUUUAUCUGACUUGAGGUAAAAACCUGAGCAGAAAAAGAGAGUUCCCAGUAGAAGUAGGUUACCAGCUAGAAGAGUCCUACUAUCAAUACCUUGGUGCAGGGUUCUCAAAUAUGCGUCCAUUAUUAAGCAAUAUUAUGUUUCUCUGUGUUAUAGGAAAACAAGGCCAAACUUGCACACACAUAGACAUCUGGUAAAGCCUAGUCCAUGUUUAAGAAGUGUUAUUGUAUAAAACCAUUCCCAGUGUUCAAAAGAUAUUUGGUGGAAGGUGUCACAUCCGGAAGUUAUCAGAUUAACCAUGGGCACCAUCCGCAGUGUGACUAACAUUAAUGCUGUAUUCCAUUUUUUGAACAAGAUCACAAAGGGAUUUUUGUAAAAACUGUGUCGUCCCAAAUAAAUGAACAGGUAAUACA